GAUGGGCCCGUGCGUGACGCGGGGGCGCGGCCGCUCCCCCGGGCCGGGCCGGGCCGGAGCGCAGCCGCAGCGCGGGCGGGCAGCAGGUGAGCAAGGGCGGGGACAGCCGGGCCGUCCCCUCAGCCCUCCCUCAUCCCCUCCAUCCCCGGCGGGAGUUUCCCCGCGGCCGGGCUCCGCUACCGACCCGCGGCAGGAGGACUCUGCUCCUGUCAGCACAGCUCUGUUUCACUGCUCCCUGGGUGAACAGGUGAACCAGCCUAGAGAGGGACUGCACUCACCUUUUCAUGAACGUCAAAAAACAGGUUCCACUUGUCAGUCAUUGAUCUUUUUAUUGCCACUGAGCUUGUUCUCAAAAUCCUGGUCUGGUGAUGGCCUGAACCUCAUUUUUGAGGGGUUGUUCUGUGUGGAUGUUCCAAUGGCAGAGGAGCACUGCCACGGCCUCCUACCCAGCAGAGCUGCUCCCCAGAGCCAGAGGGAUGGUGGUAGUCACGGGGCAGAGCAAAGUGAGUGCCACCCCGGAUGAUGCCAUGUCGAGCUCGGAUGCAGAGGAUGAUUUCCAAGAGCCGGCCACUCCCACCGCCACCCAGGCAGGACAAGCGCUACCUCUGCUGCCCCAGCAGUUCCCAGAAGUUGUCCCACUGAACGUGGGGGGGAUGUUCUUCACCACCAGGCUGUCCACGCUGCGCAGGUACGAGGACACCAUGCUGGCAGCCAUGUUCAGCGGCAGGCACUACAUCCCCACGGACGCUGAGGGCAGGUACUUCAUCGACAGGGAUGGCACCUACUUCGGAGACAUACUAAACUUCCUACGAUCUGGUGACCUGCCCCCCCGAGAGCGAGUGAGGUCAGUGUACAAGGAAGCUCAGUAUUAUUCCAUAGGACCCUUGCUAGACAAUCUAGAGGAUAUCCAGCCUCUUAAAGGAGAAAAAGUUAGACAAGCUUUCCUGGGCCUAAUGCCAUAUUACAAAGACCACUUGGAGCGGAUCAUCGAGAUAGCCCAGCUGCGAGCCAUGCAGAGGAAGGCGCGGUUUGCCAAGCUGAAGGUGUGCGUGUUCAAGGAGGAGAUGCCCAUCACUCCCUACGAGUGCCCCCACUUCAACUCCCUGCGCUUCGAGCGCAGCGAGAGCGAGACCAAGCUCUUUGAGCACCACUGCGAGGUGGACGUGUCCUUCGGGCCCUGGGAGGCCGUGGCCGACGUCUACGACCUGCUGCACUGCAUCGUCACCGACCUGUCCGCGCGCGGCAUCACCGUGGACCACCAGUGCAUCGGCGUGUGCGACAAGCACCUCAUCAACCACUACUACUGCAAGCGCCCCAUCUACGAGUUCAAGAUCACCUGGUGGUGAGCCAAGCAAAGGGCCAAAGGGCUCCCAGAGGACAAGUGGGCUUUCAAGGUCGCCUGCUGGUGGGUGUGGUGGCACAUCGAGGGGUGAAAGGACUUCUACAGAACAAAUUCUUUCAAGAUCGCCUUGUGGUGGCACAUUGAGGGGUGAAAGGACUCCCAGAGGACAAAUGUUCUUUCAAGGUUGCCUUGUGGUGAGUGUGGUGGCACAUCGAGGGGUGAAAGGACUUCUAGAGAACAAAUUCUUUCAAGAUCGCCUGGUGGUGAGUGUGGUGGCACAUCGAGGGGUGAAAGGACUGCUAAAGGAUAAAUCUUCUUUCAAGAUUGCCUGGUAGUGAGUUGUGGUGGCACAUCGAGGGGUGAAAGGACUUCUAGAGAACAAAUUCUUUCAAGAUCACCUUGUGGUGAGUGUGGUGGCACAUCGAGGGGUGAAAGGACUGCUAAAGGACAAAUGUUCUUUCAGGAUCAUCUGGUGGUGAGUUGUGGUGGCACAUCGAGGGGUGAAAGCACUCCUGGAGGACAAAUCUUCUUUCAAGGUCACCUUGUGGUGAGCGUGGUGGCACAGCAAGAGGUGAAAGACUUCUUGAGGACAAAUUCUUUCAAGGUCACUUUGUGGUGGCUGUGGUGGCACAUCGAGGGGUGAGAGGACUCCUGAAGGACAAAUGUUCUUGGCAGUUGCCUUGCUGCUCACAUUCCCUGGGAUCAGCCUGCUGGCAGGGGUUGGGAACACCUCUGGAAACUUGAAAAACCAGCCUGAAAUCAGACUGUUGGCUCAGGUACCUUAACGAGGCACAAAACAAAAUCACCUCAUGCAAAGGGUGGAGGGGAGUGGCUGAACAUCUGCUGAAAGGUGCCACCAACCACGUGGCUUCAGGAUGGAAUUGCAGAUUUUUCCUGCAUUUUUGGGAAUCUGGGGUGCUACUAAAGCUGACAUUUCAGUUUUACCCUCUUAGAAAUGUUUUAGUUCCUCCUUCAGCUUUAUAAAGUUUGAGUCACACCCAGCACAAAGAUCUGGAAAUGUCAUUUUGAUGUACUAGAUAACUAAAAAAAAAAAAAGGAAUAUUCCUUAUAUAUUAUUAAUUGUUGUCAGGAUUAAGCUGUAUUUCUUUUUUAAUUAAGAAUCUAUGUUGUGAAUUAUAAUGUUGUACUUCAAUUAUUUCUGUUGUUAUCAAAAGGAAUAGCAGAUCUGGAAUAUAUUCCUUAAUGCUUUUAGGAAUAAUAACUGUUCAUGGAAGACUUGUGCCUGUUUUUAGCCUUAGAAAUUUUAAAUGUUUACAAUAUCUACAAAAAAAAGCUCUUUAGAAUCAGGUCAUUUGCAAAGGCUUUUGGUAAAUGAGAAAACCCUGUCUGUAUGUUCCUAUCAGCAGUAGUAAGAGGAAUAUUUAAUGUAUAUUAUUUUAUUACUGACUCUUUUUACAUUCUGUGAUAUUAAACUUUAUUUUAGACUUAAA